AUGUCGCGCCAGUCCUGCAGAGUGGAUGCGCUCACCUGCUCAUUCGCUCUCAAGGCAUGUGCACGUAUGCUGGCUCGCUCCGAGGCCAUGCAGAUACAUUCUCAAGUUGUGCGAUUUGGAUUCUAUGCCGACGCUCUCUUGAUGACUACUUUGUUGGACGUGUACGCUAAAUCUGGCGAUCUUGAUAGUGCCGAGAAGGUAUUUGAUGAAAUGGAUGUCAGAGAUAUUGCCUCGUGGAACGCUUUGAUUGCUGGGCUGGCUCAGGGAAGUCGACCCAGUGAAGCUAUAGAGUUGUUUAAUGGAAUGCGGGUAGAGGGUUGGAAGCCUAAUGAAAUCACUGUUCUUGGGGCUCUCUCGGCGUGUUCGCAAUUGGGUGCUUUGAAAGAAGGCGAAAAGGUUCACGGUUAUAUCAUGGGAGAGAAGCUAGACAUGAACGUGCAAGUUUGCAAUGCAGUUAUUGACAUGUACGCAAAAUGUGGCUUUGCCAAUAAGGCAUAUACGGUGUUUAAGAACAUGUGCCGUAGGAGUAUUGUUACGUGGAAUACCAUGAUUAUGGCGUUUGCCUUGCAUGGUGAUGGAUACAAGGCUCUAGAGCUUUUUGAGCAAAUGGGUGGAGCCGGGGUGCACCCAGAUGCGGUGUCAUAUCUUGGCGCAUUGUGUGCGUGCAACCACGCAGGCUUAGUGGAUGAUGGGGUUCGGUUGUUUGAUUCCAUGGCAGGGUCUGGGUUGACGCCUAAUGUUAAGCAUUAUGGUAGUGUGGUUGAUUUGUUGGGUCGUGCUGGGAGGCUCAAAGAGGCUUAUGAUAUUGUAAGCUCUAUGCCUAUGACACCCGAUGAGGUUCUUUGGCAGACUUUGCUUGGUGCAUCCAAGACUUACGGGAAUGUGGAAAUGGCUGAGAUUGCCUCACGGAAGCUGGUGGAAAUGGGGUCUAACAGUUGUGGGGAUUUUGUGUUACUGUCGAAUGUUUAUGCAGCUCAUGAGAGAUGGAAAGAUGUGGAUAGGGUGCGAACAGCGAUGAAGGAUAGAGAUGUGAAGAAGAUACCAGGGUUUAGUUACAUCGAAGUGGACGGCGUCAUACAUAAGUUUGUAAAUGGUGAUCAGAGCCAUUUCAAUUGGCGCGAGAUUUAUGCAAAGCUAGAUGAGAUUAAGUUCAGGACUAAAGCCUAUGGGUAUGUGGCUGAGACUAACUUUGUGUUGCAUGAUAUAGGACAAGAGGAGAAGGAGAAUGCAUUGUGUUAUCACAGCGAGAAGUUGGCUGUGGCUUUUGGUUUGAUUAGCACAGCUGAGGGGACUCCAAUCCAAGUGAUUAAGAACCUUAGGAUAUGCGGGGAUUGUCAUGUUGUGAUUAAAAUUAUAUCCAAGAUCUAUAACAGGGAGAUCGUUGUGCGAGAUCGAGCUCGAUUUCACAGAUUUACAGAAGGUUUAUGUUCUUGCAAAGAUUAUUGGUGA